AGGUAGAAAACGAAGAAAAUGUGGGAAGAGACCACGUUCAAAGUCUGAAGCAAACGAAGAGCGCGUGUUUGUGAAAUAUAUAUAUAUAUAAAGGAGAGACCUCUCGCCCUUUGUGAACUUUCCAAUUACCAUAACACCUUGUAUGUUGUUUCAGCGUAGGAGAAAUUUAAUGUUUUUUUUAAUGUAAUUAGGGGGGUCUGUGUCAGCAUCAAGGGUUGGAACGGUUUUUGAUUUUAACCCUGCAAAGAGCCUUCCUUUGCGGUUUCUCCUUUUGAGAAGGCUCUUGCGGGUUUUAUUGAGAAAAAAAGGGGUUGUUUUUAUUGUUGGAUUUGCAAGGAGGAGGAAAAUGAUGCGGUUAUGGAUUUCUUAUCUGCAAUUGGUGGAGCUGUUUGUGAGUUCGUUGGUUCAUUUGCUUUAUGGGUUUUACAUAUUUAGCUCUGCUGUGGCGGGGGAUCUGUCGCAGGCUGUCAGUGAAUAUUUUCACAAGUCCAACGUGAAUGUUGAGGUGAAAGAGGGAGUAUCAGAGAGAGGAGCAAAUGAUGAUGAUCUUCCUCCUAUUGUGUUGGUUCAUGGGAUAUUUGGAUUUGGCCAAGGGAGAUUAGGGGCUUUGUCGUACUUUGGUGGGGCAGAGAAGAUGGAUGAAAGGGUUCUUGUUCCUGAUUUGGGGUCUCUAACCAGUAUCUAUGAUAGGGCUCGAGAAUUGUUCUAUUAUUUAAAAGGUGGGCAAGUUGAUUACGGUGAAGAGCACAGCACGGCUUGCGGACACUCGCAGUUUGGACGAAUGUACGAACGAGGACAUUACCCUGAGUGGGACGAGGAUCACCCUAUUCAUUUUGUUGGGCACUCAGCAGGGGCACAAGUUGUUCGUGUCUUGCAACAAAUGCUUGCUGAUAAGUCAUUCAAGGGGCAUGACACUUCAGAGAACUGGGUAUUAAGCAUCACAUCCUUAUCUGGAGCAUUUAAUGGGACUACAAGAACCUACACAGAUGGCAUGCAGCCAGAAGAUGGGAGAACAUUGAAACCUAUUUGCCUGUUACAACUUUGCCGCAUUGGAGUUAUAAUAUAUGAUUGGUUCGACAUUCCCUGGCUGAAGAAUUACUACAAUUUUGGGUUUGAUCACUUUAACAUGUCAUGGAAAAAGAUGGGCAUAUGGGGUCUUGUUGACUGUCUAUUGGGGAAUGCAGGUCCAUUUGCUUCAGGAGAUUGGAUCCUCCCUGAUCUUACAAUUCAAGGGUCUAUAAAACUCAAUUACAAUCUACACACCUUUCCAAACACAUACUACUUCAGCUAUGCCACCAAGCGCACAACAAAGAUCAUGGGUGUUACAGUUCCUUCAAGCAUACUUGGAAUUCACCCGCUGCUUUUCAUAAGAGUUUUGCAGAUGAGCCAGUGGCGUUUUCCUCCAGAUGUUUCUCCCCCUUAUAAGGGAUACAAGGAUGAGGACUGGCUAGAUAAUGAUGGAGCCCUAAACACAAUAUCCAUGACUUAUCCUCUCCUCCCAAUUGAGCACCCCAACUGUUUGGUUGAAAAGGAAUCAGAUUGCCAACCCUUACAACCUGGCAUCUGGUACUACAAAUUUGUGGAGGGUGAUCAUAUACUAUUCAUUAUAAAUCGGGAGAGAGCCGGAGUGCAGUUUGACUUGAUCUAUGACAGUAUUUUCCAACGCUGUAGGAAACAUGCUUUUAGGAAGAAGCCUCCAACAAUGCCUAAUGAAAUCCAUCACUAGCUCACAAUUCUUUAUUCCCAUUCAAUUCAAAGAGAUAUAUGAAAAGAAACAGGCUAUUCAUUUCCUAUAAUGUCCUUUCAUCUUUGUAAAUGUAAAUAUUAAGCCAACGUUUCCCAUUUUUAUACUACCAUUUUCUGUAAUUUGUAGGAUUGUGAGAGAUAUCAGAGGCUAUAGUCAAUAGUUUCCACAAUCACUAUAGUGUACACAAUUAUUAUCUCAAUAUUAAAUAUCAUGAAUUGUUGAGUUCUCUA